GCAGUGCGGUGUUUGUCUGCCGGACUGACGGGCGGCCGGGCGGUGCGCGGCGGCGGCGGCGGCGGGGAAGAUGGCGGCGUCCUCCCUGGAGCAGAAGCUGUCCCGCCUGGAAGCAAAGCUGAAGCAGGAGAACCGCGAGGCCCGGCGGAGGAUCGACCUCAACCUGGAUAUCAGCCCCCAGCGGCCCAGGCCCAUUAUUGUGAUCACUCUAAGCCCUGCUCCUGCCCCGUCCCAACGAGCAGCCCUGCAGCUCCCGCUGGCCAAUGAUGGGGGCAGCCGCUCACCGUCCUCUGAGAGCUCCCCACAGCACCCCACGCCCCCUGCCCGGCCCCGCCACAUGCUGGGGCUUCCGUCAACCUUGUUCACACCCCGCAGCAUGGAGAGCAUCGAGAUUGACCAGAAGCUGCAGGAGAUCAUGAAGCAGACGGGCUACCUGACCAUCGGGGGCCAGCGCUACCAGGCGGAAAUCCACGACCUGGAGAACCUGGGUGAGAUGGGCAGCGGCACUUGCGGCCAGGUGUGGAAGAUGCGCUUCAGGAAGACAGGCCAUGUCAUCGCCGUCAAGCAAAUGCGGCGCUCCGGGAACAAGGAGGAGAACAAGCGGAUCCUCAUGGACCUGGAUGUGGUGCUCAAGAGUCACGACUGCCCCUACAUCGUGCAGUGCUUCGGGACCUUCAUCACCAACACGGAUGUCUUCAUCGCCAUGGAGCUCAUGGGCACGUGCGCGGAGAAGCUCAAGAAGCGGGUGCAGGGCCCUAUUCCUGAGCGGAUCCUGGGCAAGAUGACAGUGGCGAUCGUGAAGGCGCUGUACUACCUGAAGGAGAAGCACGGCGUGAUCCACCGUGACGUCAAGCCCUCCAACAUCCUGCUGGACGAGCGGGGCCAGAUCAAGCUCUGUGACUUCGGCAUCAGUGGCCGUCUGGUCGAUUCCAAGGCCAAGACGCGCAGCGCCGGCUGUGCCGCCUACAUGGCCCCCGAGCGCAUAGACCCCCCGGACCCCACCAAGCCAGACUACGACAUCCGGGCCGACGUGUGGAGCCUGGGCAUCUCCUUGGUGGAGCUGGCCACGGGACAGUUUCCUUACAAGAACUGCAAGACAGACUUCGAGGUCCUCACCAAAGUCCUGCAGGAAGAGCCCCCGCUCUUGCCCAGUCACAUGGGUUUCUCAGGGGACUUUCAGUCCUUCGUCAAAGACUGCCUUACUAAGGAUCACAGGAAGAGACCAAAGUAUAAUAAGCUACUUGAACACAGUUUCAUCAAGCGCUACGAGAUGCUGGAGGUAGACGUGGCAUCCUGGUUCAAGGAUGUCAUGGCGAAGACGGAGUCGCCGAGGACUAGCGGAGUCCUGAGCCAGCACCACCUGCCCUUCUUCAGGUAGCCCCGUGCUGGCGGCCAGCCCCACCGGGGCCAGGGGCGUGGCCACAGGCCCCCUCUUCCCCGCCUGGUCCCCCAGCUGCCCGCCAGGGGAGACCUGGGAUCUGGACGGCUGCUGAGGGCUGAGGACAGAAAGUAGGGGGCGCCGAGCCACCCCCGACUCCCUGCCCGCCAUCCGUGGACAGAUGGGCUCGCCAGGCCCCAGCCCUUCCCGUCCCGGGGUCAGCCGGCCAUGCGCGUCCCCCUGACAGACACUGUGAACGGAAGACGGCAGGCCGCGAGCAGACUCGCUAUUUAUUCAGUCGUAACCUCUGGGCUGGGGCGGCCCCCAGGGCCCGGGAGAGAGCUGCCCGUCCCGCCCCUUCCCUUCCCCCUCACCAACCGCUGUGUGCUGUCCCCUCCGCCUCCCCUCUGCAAACAUGCUCCCCAUGUCCAUCCCCUCUUUCUCAUCCCCCGUCUACCUCUCUGGCCUUCCCCACCUCCCUCCCUGCCUCUGCCUCUCUCCUGGCCCAGAUUGGGCUCUGCCACCCCCUGGGGUGGGGGUGGGGGACCCCUGGGUCCACGUGGGUCUCCAGCAACGGCGAGUCGAUCGGCUGGUGUCCUCGCCCCAGGAAGGCAGGCUGGGCGUUAACGACUACAGCUGGACCUGGGCUGGUCUCUCUCUCUCUCUCUCUCUCUCUCUUUCUUUCUCUCUCUGUCUCUCUUUGAUCUCAGGGGGUCCUUUUUGGAGUUUAUUGUAUUUUAUUGUACUUGGUGGGUGUUUGGGGGGUGGGGGGGAGAGCUUGUUCUCACGGGGUUUGUCGGUACCUUCAGAAACUUACCAAAGUCAUGUUUAGCUGCUUGCGGUCGAGCCCCCUGACGGCCUGUGGGCACGGGCGUCUGGGGUCAGGGGCCAAGCCCCGAAGGUGGGCUCUGGGGGUGCUCCUCCUCCCUCGGAGCCAGCCCUUGGGGCUGGUGACUGGCCACAGCUUGGGGGGGGUGAGUCGAGGACCUCAGGGGGCAUGGAGGGAGCCCAAGGGGCCGUGGCCACACAGGGUGGCAUUCAGGGAAGGCGGGCACAGGGCACGCUGAGGGCAGCGGAUGCUGCCGUGGCAGGGAGGUGGUGGAGGGAGUCAGUGGCAGGAGCGGGGCCAUGGGGCCCCAGGGAGGCAGGGAUGGAGGGUGCAAGGGGUGGGCAUGGGGGUUCGAGGACGUGCGACAGGAUAGAGGUGGGGCUGGCUGAGGGCUGGGCGUGUGCAGGCAGGUGCGCCCCCGUAGUGCCCCUGAGCGCCCCUCGACUCCCCCAGAUCUGGCCAGUUCCCGAGCCCCAUGCAGCAGCCGGAAGGGAGGGGGUGUGUUUCCUUUUUGUUGGUGAUGCAUGCAAAUCAAGUGGACAACACAACAAAACAAAACACAAAAAAACCCACAGAACCACAAAACCAACCAACACCAAAGGUGAGGAACUGGGCUGGAUGUAGCUGAAGCGGUUUAGACCUGGGCGUCCCCAAACCCUCAUCUGCCCCGUGGACUCCUGUUCCGCACUCACAAAAUGCCGCAUGUUUAAAAGUACUCGAGUUCUCUGCUCUUUGUCCCCCCCCCCCCCCCAGAGGGGACCGGCCACCUUCUCUCCCCCUUUUGUGAGGGGAUGGAGGCAGGGUGGGGUCGCCGACAGGCCUGGUCCCCCACCCUCCCUCGCCUGGCCCAGCCAGGGGGAAUUUGUGGGUAGCUGGAAGGUUCCAUGGCUGGUCCCAGGGCCAGCACAGGCCCUAGGCUGGCCGCCUGGAUUUAAUUUUAUUUAACUAUUUUCUGUUUUGUGUGUCUGCCCGCCCCUGCCCCCCUUCAGUGUUAAGUGGGAGUUCUGGGGGAACCUCUUCCCCUCUGCCUCUUUCCUGGCUUCCCCUCCGUCACCGGUCACCAGCCGUCCCUCUUGACCAGGCAGAGGGUGGAGUGGGCGGGCAGGGGCCUGGGGUGGCCCACAAUCCCUUCUCUGGUCGCCAGUAUUCCUGUCCCUUUUUAAAAUGAAAUGCCCUCGUUUGUAAAUCCUUAGACGCUUGAGAAUAAAACCCCUCUUCUUCCA